UGUCAUGGCGGCGUCCAUGUCAAUAGGACGACGACAGAUGCGGUGGCUUUAAUUUCAAGAUGAGCUGAAAAGGAAACACUUAGAUGCGCAAAUGAAGAACAAGUUUGUUUCUUCCGUUUUAUUUAUUUGUCACGUUGCGUCAGAACGACGCGCCUUCUGAGCAAUUCAGACGUGGAAUCUCCCAGCAAUAAUGUUGCACUUUGCUCACAGAUAUGAACAUGAUGUCUUCCGUGGUGCACGGAGCCCGGCGCCUCGUGCACGCUACCAACUUCCCGUCUCAAUUCCUGCUCUGUCCUGUUUUAAGCCCCGCUCCCCUGCUCACAUGCAGGUCGCUGGCCUCCAAGCAGUUCAAAGGUCACAAGAAGGAGCAGAAGCCAAAAGUCAACAUCGACAAACAGGAAGUGGAGAUCCAGCAGAGGAUGACGGUGGAGGCACUCGCUCGAGCCAUCAACCGAGACGUUGAUCACGUUGUUGAGGCGCUGCUGAACACACCGCUGGAUGUGGACUCUCUGGAGCCAGACUCGGUUCUGGAUGAGAGGUGGAUCAAAGAGGUGGUGAAGCUGUCAGGAAUGAAGUUCCGAUGGGCCAAACUGAGCGAGAAUCAAGACAGAGAGAACAGAGACGCGGUGCGAAGACCGCCAACGGACCUGAGCAGAAUGGUGAAACGCUCCCCGGUGGUCACCAUCAUGGGUCACGUGGACCAUGGCAAAACCACGCUGCUGGACAGUCUGAGGAAGAGCCAGAUUGCCGCCAUGGAGGCCGGCGGCAUCACGCAGCACAUUGGAGCGUUCCGAGUUGAGUUGCAGACAGGUGAGAUGAUCACUUUCCUGGAUACGCCUGGUCACGCCGCCUUCUCCGCCAUGAGGGCCCGGGGAGCCAACGCAACAGACAUAGUCAUCCUCGUGGUGGCGGCAGAUGACGGUGUGAUGACUCAGACCAUCGAAUCCAUCCAGCACGCCAAGCAAGCUGGAGUUCCCAUGAUUGUGGCAGUCAACAAAUGUGACAAACCUCAGGCCGACCCUCAGAGGGUCAAACAAGAACUCCUCGCUCACAAUGUCGUCUGCGAGGAGUUCGGAGGAGACGUUCAGGCCAUUCACAUCUCUGCCCUCAAGGGUGACAACCUGCUGGCUCUGGUCGAGGCCACGGUGGCGCUGGCGGAGGUGUUGGAGCUGAAGGCAGAGCCUGAUGGCCCGGUAGAGGGCGUUGUCAUCGAGAGUCGCACAGACAAAGGCAAAGGUCCCGUCACGACAGCCAUUGUCCAGCGGGGGGCGCUGAAGCGAGGCUGUAUCCUAGUGGCAGGAAAGACUUGGGCAAAGGUGCGCUUCCUGUUUGAUGAGAAGGGCACAGCGGUGACAGAGGUGGGGCCUAGCAUGGCGGUGGAGGUGAUUGGUUGGAAGGAGCUCCCGUCUGCUGGCGACACUAUCCUGGAGGUGGAGUCUGAGCAACGAGCGAGGGAGGUGGUGGACUGGAGGAACCACGAGGAGGAGCUUAAGAGGCUGAGGGCAGAGCAAAAUGCCAUCGAGCUCAAACAGAAAGAACACCUGGACAAGUACAGGAAGGAGAGGGAGGGGCUGGCUCACCUCAAUUGGCGCCAGAGGAAAUGGCAUCUGUACCAAAGCACCAAGGGCAAUUUCGCUGCCAGGACCAGAGAGAAUACGUGUGACAACAACCUCAGCCUGCCGCUCAUCAUCAAAGCUGAUGUUGAUGGUUCUGUGGAGGCCAUCUUGAAUAUUUUGGAAACCUACGACGCUCAGGACCAAUGUCAAUUGGAGGUCGUUCACUUUGGCAUUGGCGACGUCUCUGAAAACGACCUCAACAUGGCAGACACCUUUGAAGGCAGCGUGUAUGGCUUCAACGUGGCAGCGAGCAGGUCCAUUCAGCAGAUGGCGGCAAAACGAGGCGUCCCGCUGAGGCUUCAUAGCAUCAUUUACAAGCUGAUCGAUGAGCUGAAGGUGGAGAUAAAUAGCAAGUUGCCAUCUCUCGUACGUUACAACACUGUGGGUGAGGCGACGGUCCUGGCCAUGUUUGAUGUGAAGGUGGGCAAGAAGAAGAUGGCAGUCGCCGGCUGUCGUGUUCAGAAAGGUCAGCUUGAUCGCAAGCUCAAGUUCCGUCUGAUUCGAGGUCGAGACACUGUGUGGGAAGGUUCUCUCAUGGCGUUAAAGCACCACAAAGAUGAUGUGAACACCGUGAAGGCGGGAAUGGAGUGCGGUCUGUCAGCCGAUUCGGAGGUGACGUUCCUUGUUGGCGAUGUCAUUGAAUGUUUCGAAGAGGUGGACGAUCCACAGGUCACGACUUGGGACCCUGGCUUUUGAGCCAAACAAGCUAAAAAAAAAAAGUUUCUUACGGCGAAGAGGCGAGAGGCACGCUCGCUGAGCGUCCCUCCGCACUUCACUCCACGACUCAUCAGUUCCUGCUUGAGAACCUCCAGACCCAAACGUUCCAACUCUUGAAUGCUCUUGGCAGACGACACGCUGACUGUCAGGACGUCAUCGCCACCAUCACCACGCUGUGGACCACACACACACACGCCAAUCACAUCAGAAGCAAAAAGCCACAUCAUGUGAUCGUCACCUAGGGGGAGGAGUUCUCACCUGCAGCACAGAUGAGCAUCUGGACACUGCCACCGCCUCCUCUUGGUGGGGAGUGGCCUCCUGGACCGCGACUUCCUCCUGGUGGGGAGUGGCCUCCUGGACCGCGACUUCCUCCUGGUGGGGAGUGGCCUCCUGGACCGCAACUUCCUCCUGGACCGCGACUUCCUCCUGGACCGCGACUUCCUCCUGGGGGGGCGUGGCCUCCUGGACCGCGACUUCCUCCUGCAGGGGCGUGGCCUCCAUGCUGACCAUAACAAAUAUCUUUGGUGACAAACUAUUUUUACACAAAAAAAAAAUAAAAAUAAUAAUGGCACAGCCACCUGCUGCUUGGCCCAGGCUCCACCCUCAGUGUUGUCAUGGUAGCAGCAGCUGCACAGGAGGAGGUGGAUGGUGAAUCGUCGUCAUCCUCUGAGCUCAGCUCACCAACACCAGUCCUGUUGCCAUGACAACCAAUGUAGAAUCACAGUAGCAUGACAGUGUGCGUUCUUGUGACAGUCACUCACCAAAAACACGCCCCCAUCUUCUUCGGCUUCUUGAUUGGCGGCUCACUUUGACUGGAGGUGUGUCUCUUGGGGGACAAGUGGGCGCUCACCUGGGAGCUGGACGCUGCUUGCAGACCUGGAGAUGAUAACUUAGUCAGACAAUAGACAGGACGUGUGUGUGUCAACAAAACCACGCCACUGACCUUUAAGCACCGAGUCCUCGAGUCGCUCUGACAGGUCGUGACACUGCUGCUGGUAUGAGGCAUCGCUGAACUGGUGUUUGGGUUCCAUGAGCUUCCUCUGCAGACGCUCCAGACGACGCUGCUCCUUCUCCGCUUCACGCUCAGUCUGCUGCUUCAGCCAAUCUGCCAUCCUGCCGCACGCACGCAAGGAACGAGUUAUUUCAAACCAAAAGAGACAGAUUAACAAAACGCCAUCAAGUGAUUUGCCUUCCACCAUGUUUGUUUGUAAAAACAACUAUAAAGCAUAUUGUUUCAUCCUUGAUUG